AUGGGGCAUUCGGCAUCCACCGAUCUCCCGCACGGGUCCGAGUCACCCUCACCAAGCAGCUUGUUGUGGGUGAAAGUUCGGGCCGGAAGCAAAGUACAGACCCCGACUACCCUCAAUGGGGACAACAUCUUGAAGAUCUGUCGCUGGCUGCAGGGCAAACCUCACAGCUGGCGGAUGUAUGUGACCAUUUCCGUGGGUCGCGGUCAGGGGCAGACGGAAAUCGCGCAUGUUCAAGGAGAUGCCAGUGAGGUGUGUUUCAACCACACCCCCAUCCCCUUCACCUUGGAAGACAUCGUGGCACACGAGAGUGGCUUGGGGCCGAGGGCCACCUCAUCAGCCGCCAUGUCCUUAGCCUCCACCCUGUUGGAUCGUCGCAUCCCCGAGAUGACCAUCAAGGUCUUCCGGGUGAGGCGUCUAUGCCAAGAUGCCCUGGUGGGGAUGGCACGCUUGCCCAUUAGCACCACGGAAUUGGCAGGCACAAGUCGCGAUCACACCAUCUCUUUGGAGAAUGGCUGUGGCACCAUCACAGUGAGGUGUUCCUUCAACUGUUCCGUGGCGGAUUUGCCAAACCUCCAAAGCGUCCUGGCGUAUCCCAAGCGUCACUCCUUGGCGAAGUUCGCGCAGGCAUUAGCGCAAUUGUUGCAAGGUGAGGAUGGUUUGGAACUCCUAAGACGUGCCCUGCCUCCGGCCAUCCACGUCACCGCAGAGAAUUCCAAGGAGGGAACGGCGGUGAUGCAGAGCUUUCUGGUGUCCCUGUGCAACCAGGUCAGCAUGCUCUCAGAGGACGAGAGCGAUGCAGAGGUCAUGCAGCGCCUGGCUCCGUUGUCGCGCAGCAUCCAGGAUUUCAUCGCAUCGUACACCAGCUCGGAUUCUGACGUGGCAGAUCUCACAGAACGCUGGCUCUGCGAGACCUUCUCCCUCUGCGCGCGGAAGGCUGGGAAUGGACGGAAGCUCGCGUCGAUGAACCACUACAUGAUCAAGGAGUUCUUGAGGAAGGGAGAACAAUACCCCGGGUUGGAUCAUUUGGUCCCUAUCGACCCCGAUGGUCAUUACAUCCAGGACUGGGUGAAUAGCCCACUGCCCGUGAGACGGGACUAUGUUCCGCACGAAGCGAUACUGGGCAAGGGCAUGUUUGGCACGGUCUGGCGGGCCAUGGAUUCGCGGUCCGGACAGUGGUACGCGGUGAAGAAGAGCCAUACCUAUCGACAGGCCACUGUGGCAAGGGAGCGAGAAGUCACCAAUCACGUGCUGAUGAAUCCGCACCCAUUUAUUGUGCAGAUUUUUGGCAACCACUUCAUCGAGAGUGGAACUGGCUUCUCUUCCUUGGUCAUGGAGUUUUGUGCAGGGGGUGAUCUUCAGGACAAAGUGAAUGCAGGUCACCUACUCGGCGAGUAUCAUUUGCCGAAAGAGGCGUUGACGUGGCUCGCUGAGAUCUUCCUUGGUCUCGAACACUUGCAUUUGGUCCUGAGCACUCUGCAGCGCGACCUGAAGCCGCGGAAUGUGGUGUUCUCACGCAGUGGCCGGGCGAAGCUGACGGAUUUCGGAAUGGGUCGAAUAGGCCUGAUUUCAUCCGGGGAGUUCACCCUGCAGAAUUGUCCGCCGGGAAGUCCCGCGUAUGUCGCGCCCGAAGUGGUGCUUCAGAAACCAUACGACUACAAAGCGGACAUCUAUUCGUUCGGCGUGGUAUGUUGGAACGUGCUGACUGGUGGAAUCAAGGAUGCUGCAGGAGACUGGUCCACACCGUGCUACCCCUUCUCUGCACACAACUUCACCAAGUUGGCAAACAACUAUCGCCUGUUGGACAAGUAUGUGAAGACUCCGUUGAGGCAUUCAGCGCGGCCCAUGCCCAGCGAGGAGGCCGGGGAACUAGUGCUGGCCUUGACGAAGCCGGACCCGGAUCAACGAUUGGAUCAUGGCAAAAUCCGGACGACCCGCUUCAUGUCACACUUGCAAUUGCCCCCGGCAGAAGCCCGGCGGUCGCAAAUCGAAGAGUGGCUUUGCUCUCGACACGCCAAUUCGUAG